CUACCAUGGCAACAGGGUGUUGACCGAAAACUGAGGAACCAAGAAACUUCCCAAAUCUGGAAAUAUCACCCAUGUGCGUAAAAGACAGAAUGAGGAACCCUGAGGUUCUGAGAGGAGACACUGGCUGCUUUAAGUUUCCCAGUUCCUCCUCCAUUCCCACCAAAUACCAAACUGUGAUCAUCAGUAAUGUGGAGAGGAAAGGCUUCAGCUCCCAAGCCAAGCGUUUCACACACUUUACGAAUGAGAAUCCCGGUCCGGGCUCUUAUUUGUGUCACACGUCCGCUGACACCUGCAGUCCAUCCUUCUCAAAGAAAGGAACUGGAGGCUUUGCGUCAAAGGCUCUCAGAGUGAGCCGUAAACCCCAGAGAGGACCUCCAGCCCCCAACACCUACAACCUGCAGCGAUCACUGCUUCGGCAGCACGACUUCAACAGGGAUUUCUCCAGAAUAUUCCACCGGCCCAUCAUCGUUCAAACACCAAGCACACCCCAGAAAUCACCAGCACCAAACCAGUACAACGUGUGUUACAGUGGAGUGGAGGUGAACUCAGUGGUAUCAGCCCAGUGUGCUUUUCUGUCUAAAACCGGCCGCAGUGGUGUUUGUCCUCCUGCACCGACAGGACCUUCGCCAUGUCAUUACAGUGUGAAGGACGCGGCGAUACAGAAGACCCCUACAGUCCCCUCGUCCUGCUUCAAGUCCACUUCUGCCAGAAUACAGACUCUGGUGAAGAGUGAAGGUCCAGGACCAGGAUCCUACAGUCCCUAUAAAACUCCAGAACCUGUCAAAAGGACUAUCUUACCGAGAAGGCAUUAUUUAGGACUCUCAGCACCUCCUCUGAUUCCUCCUAAACCCCCCCCACUGCCCGGACCGGGUCAGUACGACAUUGUAAACCACACCACCGGACCUCCCAAACACCUGAUGGCAAGCACUGCGUUCGUGUCCGGGACACGUAGGGAGACGCACCACACCAGAGGACACGGCGUCCCGGGGCCAGGUUCCUAUGAGCCAGAUGUUCCUACAAAGCGCUCAUUCCUCUACAAUCACGCAAACAUGUGGAUACCUGCAUAGAGAGGAGCUUUCAGGAGACGUACAUUAUGGGAUACAGACUUUACACAAAUUAUUUAAAAACUGAACUGUUUUCAGAAAUUGAGCUUCAUAUGGCCAUGUUCCAUGAAUUUAUUACACAUCAAAAUCUUA